AAAUCUAUUCAUAGGAAUAGUGGAAACAUAAGCAGAGCUCGGGGCAGCUGCAUGACACUCCCAGCCGCAUCUCUCACAAGGGGACGUUCUUUUCCCGCCCACACACUCCCGUGUAUAUGUAGACAGCAGGUCGGGGGACUAGUACUGGCUGUAUAACGCAGACGUGUCCUGACGAGCCUGACAUCAUGGUGCACUAUGUGGAGAGCUUGGAUGAAUAUAAGACCAUUAUUGAAAGUGGCGGAAAUAAACUCAUAGUGGUGGAUUUCACCGCCACCUGGUGUGGACCUUGUCAGCAUAUAGCUCCUUUCUAUGAGUCACUUGCCACUAAGUACCCAGGAAUUCUCUUGUACAAGGUUGAUGUGGACGAGGCGGGGGACAUAGCAUCUGCAUAUGGAAUAAGGGCCAUGCCAACGUUUCACUUUUACAAGGAUGGAAAGAAGGUUGAUGAACUAUGUGGUGCUGAUAAGGAUAAGCUUGAAUCUCUGGUCCAUAAGUGGUCGGGACAUGGCUCCUCAUGAAGAAAUUGUCUAAGUCUUUCAUGUGCAGACACUAUUAUUUGCCUUAAGAUUUGGAACAACCCCAUCCUCAUGCAUCUCCUGUAUUCCUGCAGACAUCUCAGACAUCCAUAUACUAGGACCAUGUAAAAGUGAUGGAGGCGGUGGGUUUUUAUGAAAUGGUGCUUGGCUAUGAUCACUGUACAGGAGGGGUGCAUGUAAAUAGUGACUCAUGGCGCUUUGUCUCUACCGUUCACGCAUGCACAUGCAUCUUAAAGGGGUUGUCUCACUUAGCAAGUGGCAUUUAUCUUGUAGAGAGAGUCAAUACAAGGCACUUACUAAUAUACUGUUAUUAUCCAUAAUGCCUGUUAUUAUCCUUUCCUGGCUGGAUUAAUUUUUCCAUCACAUUAUACACUGCUAAUUUCCAUGGUUACAGACCACCAUGCAAUCCAUCAGUGGUGGUCGUGCUUGCACAAUAAAAAUGAAAAAGCGCCAGCCUGUGUGCGUUCCCCAUGGUCCUGUCCACCAGAAAGUUUGACACUUUUUUCCUAUAGUGUGCAAGCACGACCACCACUGAUGGAUUACAGGGUGGUCUGUAACCAUGGAAACAGUGUACAAUGUGAUGGAAAAAAUGAAUCCAGCCAGCAAAGGAGGCAAUAUGGAUAAUAACAAUACAUUAGUAAGUGCCUUGUAUUAUCUUCCUCUACAUGAUAAAUGCCACUUACUGAAGUGAGACAACCCCUUUAAGGGCUUGGCCAAAUUAAUAUUCCAAAGCGCUUCAAUGUGUAAUCUAUGCAAACAUGGUAUCUUUAAGUAGUGGCAUACAUUAUAAUUUCAUAGCAGUUGAGCACCAUUUAUUGAAAUCAGACAAAAACCCAUUUACUUUUUUGGGCCAAAUGCCUUGCCAUCCAUUUUUGAGCUGUAACAACAUCUAAGAGUUUUCAAAUAGUCAAAAAAAAAAUUAAAAUGUAGACAGCUAUCUUCAUAAAGGGUGGUUCAGUUACUCCUUGGCAUGAUAAGUUAUCCUGGAAAAUGAACAACAGGCACUAUAAUGCAUUGAUUUUAAAAAAAUAAAUAUGGAAAUAAAGCUUA